GGGGGUUGGGGGUUGGUGAGAGAUCCCUACGUAUGAACACACAUACUCAUACCUACAUACAUACAACGGAGGUGUGUACCACACACAUUCUACCUGUGUAUUGUAGGUACAUACUUACAGGCUGACAGCCACAUAUUCUCUGUAUGUACCUACACGGCCGGGCAUGCUAUCAUGGGUUGCACGGCCGUCGAAAUGUUGUCGCAAAGCGACGAGACCCUGUACGAUGGCCUGUUUGGUAGCAAGGCAUCCCGCGACGGGCGGAGGGGAUUGGCUGGCUGGAGCAGGAAGAAACAUAGCGGCGGAGACGCCAAGUCGGGCCAGGGGUUCCAAGUGGUGGUUUCGUCGUAGUCGGCAGCAGAGAGCAGUAAAACCUCCAUUUCGACGGCCCGGGGCCCCCCCUCCCUUGAGAAGAAGGGAGGGAGGAGAGAGAGAAAGAGGGAGAAGAGACCGGGCCCUGGCGGAGCCUCGCAGAGUCUCGCUACGCUGCGAAAUACCACCCUACCUAUGGCACACACACACAUACCUACAUACACAACCGAUGCUGGCCAACGCUAUCGUGUGGCACGCUCUCUUCUUCCGCUGGCUGGCCCUCCCUACCAAUGGCAGCGAAGUGUGGGGUAAAACACUCGAACCCCGGACCUGCGACGCAUCUGAAGCAGCGGGUCUCUCCUCAGCCGCAUCGACAAAUGCGUGUGUGGGUAGAUUAGACGUGUAUGAGUAUAGUGUGAUAUGGAACGGCAUGCCCAUACCGACAUCACCGACGUACUAUAUGCACUUACUACGUACAUACCUACAUGCCUACCUACAGGCUGGAACUGUGGGUAAUGAGUAUUCGAGACGCGGCAUAAAUUCGAGCGAAGGAGGAGACAAGGAGAGAGAGAGAGAGAGAGAGAGAGAGAGAGAGAGAGAGAGAGAGAGAGAGAGAGAGAGAGAGAGAGAGAGAGACCUACCUGGGUGUCGAAUACCAUACCAGGUACCUAGUAGAUGGACAGAUAAAUAGGCCAGGUAUACGCUUGGGAUGGCGCCGGUGC